AGAUUUCAAUGGUUUUGUCAGAUAUCUUACAAGUGCUCUAUUGGAGGAAACUCUCAUUCGACAACUAUGGGAAUUCUGGGCAUGCUUUCAAGCUAUUCAUGGGAUUCAAAGGUGGUGAUAGCAUUAGCAGCCUUUGCAUUGAACUUUGGGGAGGUCCAGCUGAUAACUCAGCUUUAUACCACCAACUCUCUUGCGACGUCUAUUGCUAUGUUGAAGCAUGUUCCUGAAACACAGAAUCAAGAGGAUAUUCUGGGAUUGCAACAUAGGUAUGAAGUGAUCAGCAACAUUGUCAAGGUCAUGUUGGAUCUGACCACUUGCAUUUUGGCAUUUGAGGAGCUCCCCUCGCAGUACAAAACACCUGACACGCCGCAGACGUUGGCUACCACCACUUUGGUUCCCAUUGCUGUCUAUUGGACCAUUCGUGGUAUUGUGGCUUCUGCAUCACAAAUUUCAGGCCUCCUGAGCAUGAAUCGAAAUAUAGCAUCAAUGUCAGAGGCUUGGGAACUUUCUAGUCUGGUUCACAAGCUCAAUAACAUACACAAUCACCUUCAGACUCAGCUUGCCCUUUUACAUAAGCAGAUGGAUGAUAACAAACAAACUGAAGCUUUCGAGACACUUGUGCGCCUUUUUGAUGCAUCUCACGCUGACAACUUGGAAAUUCUUCAAGGUUUGUUUGACUUCAAGGAUGAUCAACUGCCACUCCUUGAUUGUUCUACCAAGCAAAGGGUAAGCAGUGAUGCAUUGAGGAGUAAAAUUGUGCUGCUAUUCAUAUCAGAUCUCGAUCUCUCUGACCAAGAGAUCAUGAUUCUUGGACAUAUGCAUCUCGAGUCACGUGAGGAACCAGACAUGUUUCCUAUUCCAUACGAAGUCGUUUGGUUUCCAGUUGUGAACAAGGCAACCCCAUGUACUGAAGUGAAACGGAAGAAGUUGGAGGACCUACGAUCAACAAUGCCAUGGUACUCAAUUUAUGAUCCUUGGCAGAUAGAGCAAGCAGUCAUUAAGUACAUUAAAGAUAUUUGGCAUUUCAAGAAGAAGCCCAUACUUGUUGUGUUGGACCAGCAAGGAAAGGUUGUCAACCUAAAUGCUUUACACAUUAUGUGGAUUUGGGGAUGCUUAGCAUAUCCUUUCGCAGUUUCUGACGAGGAAUCCAUUUGGGCGAAACAAACAUGGGGACUCCAGCUAUUGGCAGAUGUGUUUUGUCCAUUAAGCUGGAUAUCAGAAGGGAAAUACGUAUGCUUGUAUGGAGGUGAAGAUCUUGAGUGGAUUAGGAAAUUCACAAGAGGCGCAUAUGCUAUGGCUGAGACUCUGGAAAUCCCACUGGAAAUGAUAUACAUAGGGAGAAGCAAUCCAGGGGAGAAAGUUAAGAAGAACACGGAAGCUAUAAUUUCAGAGAAGCUGAGCAGUACACUGGAGGACCUGACAUUAAUAUGGUACUUCUGGGUUAGAGUAGAAAGCAUGUGGCACUCCAAGUUACAGCAGGGGAAAACAGUAGAGAGUGACCCAAUAAUGCAGGAAGUGAUGACAAUUGUGAGCUUUGAUCGAAGCGAGGAAGGAUGGGCUGUGAUGGGCAGAGGAACAGAGAAGAUGGUGAAAGCAAAAGGAGAAACAUUCCUGAAAUGUGUUAAUGAGUAUCAGAAAUGGAAGGACAAGGCAAAAGAGAAAGGGGUUUUGAUAGCAAUGGAAGAAUAUAUACAAGAGCUAAGAACCCCACACCAUUGUAAUAGGUUGAUAGUUCCAGGAAGCAAUGGCAGAAGCCUAGAAGAAGUGACCUGUGCUGAAUGUGGCCGUCCCAUGGAAAAGCUCUUCAUGUACCGUUGCUGCAAUGAUUAUUGAUUCAACUCUUAAAUAUAGGAUCAUACAAAGUCCAAGUAGUGUACUUUUUUGGAUUCUCAAGACAGGUAUAUGCCUCAGUUAUGCAAAUUCUAUAAAUAACAUACCUUUCUGUAAACUUUAUGUUUUA